CUCAAAUGUCACCACUGUCAGCACUGUGACAAAUCCUUCACAACAUCAAGAUAUUUAAAGAUUCAUCAGAGAGUUCACACUGGAGAGAAUCUGCACAGCUGUGAUCAAUAAUCCAGAGUGAGUCCAGCAGCCACAGAGGAGAGCUGCUGGAUUUCAGAGACAAAGAGAGGAAUGGAGGACCAGACCUCCGACCAGAACCCGGAGCAGCGGAGCAACAAGGUCCCCAGAAGACAAGCAGCAGGCUCGGACUCUGAUACCACCGAUGUUCAGAAACAGAGAGGGACAGAAGGACUCAAACGUCACCACUGUCAGCACUGUGACAAAUCCUUCACAACGUCAACGUAUUUAAAGAUUCAUCAGAGAGUUCACACUGGAGAGAAUCUGCACAGCUGUGAUCAAUGUGGGGCAGCUUUCACACAACAGAGUCACCUAAAAACACAUCAACGCCUUCACACUGGAGAGAAGCCAGACAGCUGUGAUCAAUGUGGCGCAGCUUUCUCACAACAGAGUUCCCUAAAAACACAUCAACGCAUUCACACUGGAGAGAAGCCAUACAGCUGUGAUCAAUGUGGGGCAGCUUUCACACAACAGAGUUCCCUAAAAACACAUCAACGCAUUCACACUGGAGAGAAGCUGUACAACUGUGAUCAGUGUGGGGCAGCUUUCACACUGCAGAGUAACCUUACAUCUCACCAACGCAUUCACACUGGAGACAAACCUCACAGCUGUGAUAUAUGUGAGAAAGCUUUCACCACUAAAAGAGAUGUUGAAAUCCACCGACUUGUUCACACUGGAGUGAAACCGUACUGGUGUGAUCGAUGUGGGAAGACUUUUUCUCAGAGUAGUCACCUUAAAUGUCACCAGCGCAUUCACACUGGAGAGAAGCCGUACUGGUGUGAACAAUGUGGGAAAACGUUUUCUAAUAGUGGUCACCUUAAAGUCCACCAGCGCAUUCACACUGGAGAGAAGCCGUACUGGUGUGAAUGUGGGAAAACGUUUUCUAAUAGUAGUCACCUUAAAGUCCACCAGCGCAUUCACACUGGAGAAAAGCCAUAUUGGUGUGAACAAUGUGGGAAAACGUUUUCUAAUAGUAGUAGCCUUAAAAGACACCAGCGCAUUCACACUGCCUCGUUGUGAACAUGUUUCAGAGCCAAUCUAUUUCCUCCAGUUUCCUCCUCAUACCCUGAUAACUCUGUUGUUAUAUUCUGAUCUUCUCUCCACAUUGAAUGCUGACCAGCAGUAACUUUAUCUUCUUAACAGCAUGUAUGUUAUUGUGGCUACGACUACAUAUUACGCUCCCUCCCUUUGAAGAGAUAGUCCUGUUAGAAGUCUGUCAGAGGCAGUUUCUGCUGAUUCAGUUUGUUUCAAUGAUUACUUACUGAUAAUGCUUUGUUACAGAUGUGUUCCCAUUGUUGUUUUUGUCUGCCUCACACAUAGUCUCUAGUUAUCAAUAGUCCCUGCUACUAAACGUGCGAGGAACCUAAUUGUUUGCGAAAGGAUAAUUAUUAUUUUCUUGCUGUGCAUUAGCAUUUUUAAGGGGCUUGGGAUGCUGAAACUCAUGGCAUUUUGCAUAUUUUCAACCCUAGCUAUUACCAUGUUGUAUGGUGUUAUGUUCGUUGUGUUAAAUUCAUGGGUAAAGGAACAUAUGGAAACUAGAAACUGCAAUUUCUGAAAAAUUGCGGUGUGAAUGCUGGAUGCUGAAAGGCUGACGCUACAUUGCAUUGCUGGCUUGAUUCUAAAAGGAUAGAUAAUUUAAGAACAUGUUGCAGGCUUGUUAGAUUUAGCAAUUAUAUUGAUUUGAUAUCACAUUUGGGCUCGCCCUUUAUACACUCGAAAACUCCAAGAUGGUUGGCGCACAAAUCAAAACCCCUGAGCAUUGUGAGACUAAUUUGGACAUAUAUGCCCCAAUAUUCACACAAUUUGGUACAAAUAUUCCUCUCAUCAUCACGGACAUUUGUCCAAUUUACUCUCAUUAGCUCCGCCCAACUGGAAGUUGGCCAUUUUGAAUUGUGUGCUCUCUCAUAGUUAUUGUUGUUUCAUAGUUAUUCUAUUUUCUUCCUUUGUGGACUUUUCAUUCAAUAAUCUUUGUUUGACAUUUUGAAUUCACUGUUUGUAUUCUCUGUGACGGAAUGUGGUUUUAAAUCUGUUGAGGUUUGUUUCAGACAAAAAGCAAAAACGCUGAUGAUGUAAUAAAAAGUCAGAAAAUAGAAAGCUAACUGUUGCAGCACAAUAAAAGAAAUAA